AUGAACACUUACAAUUUUUAAGUAAAUAUUGAAGAAAUAUAUUUAGAAUAAAGAUCAUUGAAUGAUUCUCAAAACCUAAUGUGUGAUUCAGAAGAUUUGAAGCAUGUCACCUAAGAAACUCUCACCAACAUACAUUAUUAACACUAAGAAAGUCUCAGCAAAAAAGAUAACCAUUAUAACAUUACUUCUGAAGAGAACUCUUAUUAAAUGAAUGACUUUGAAAUGGUUGAUCAACAUAAUCAAAUUUAAUUACCAAUCAAUAUUAAUUAAAAAGAUAAAAGCUCCAACUUUAGUUAAGUGCUUGGCGUAAAAAAAUUUAUCAUUAAGACAAGAAGAACUUCAUCUAAGCGCUUCAAAAGAAAGCAAUACUAAUCAUUAUAUACUCACUUAGAAGAUUAAUACCCUAAUAACAACAAAUUUAUCAUUUUUGGGUAUGUAGAAAUUGAAGCUACUUAUUCAAAUUUUUCUGAAAAUUUAUUUGAAGAAAACUCGUCACUGUAUAAAAGACUACUUUAAAUAAAUCAUGCUGUUGAUAAUAAAAUAUAAAGAAGAGUAGAAUUAAAUUUAGAUUGCAUUGGAAAGAGCGGACUAACAAAUUUUACUGAGUUAAUCACCUAUUUUAAUUCCCAACAAAAUUAAAACUUUUAAUAACUCGCAUAACAACUUAGUAUUUACUAACCAUCUUUACUAAAAUAAUUAGCCCACUUAAAAGAAAUAAAAAAGAUGAUUACUAAAAAACAAAUUUCUGAAUGCAAUCUCGUAAACGCCUUUUCAAACAGUCACAAUUAUCUAAUUGAAUAUUUAAAUGAAAAAAAUAAUUUCCUUUCAAAAUCAGAUUACAGCCAUGUUUUGUUCUUUAGAUCAAACAUGACCUUUAUUGAUACAGAAAUUUACCAAUCUCACUAUUCUUAUUCUUUUUUAGAACUUCUUGGUAUAAACAUUGAAGAUGCCAAAAAUACUAUCCAAGUUUUCUCACCUUAUCAGAUAAAAAAUGGUGAAUAAAGAUUAAAAAAUGCAAUUACAUUUUUAUCAAUAAUCAAUUCCAAACAAAAAUUCCAUACUGCAUUACCAUACACAAUUACAACCAAAGAUGGAAUAUAAAUAGAUUGCACAAUUGAUGUUGAUAUUAUCUCCUCUGAAGAUAAUCCUUCAUGGAUGAAUAGUCAAGACUCCUUUAUGAUGAUUAUUAACUUUAAUAUAAACGAAUAAUAACAAAAAUAAAUUUUCGAAACACGCAAUCAAGUGCUUAACUUUAGAGAUAGCAUUUAUAAAAAAUAAUCUAUUCAUAAUAAAGGUAUAGAGGAAUAAGUUUAAUUGGAAAUUUUCUUACAAAAGUAUUACCCUAAAUCUUUCACUAAUAUCUGUGGAUGA